CAUCUGUCACGUCUUUGCCAUUUGACUUUUGUGUGUGCGAUGAGCGAGUUCACGCUCUGACUGGGGGGGAAAAAUUGCGCCGCGUGUGUGAAGUGAAAAAGCCGAUAAAAAUGUAUAUAUUUCAAGUGAUUUGAUAACAAACCCGCUCCGCGUAAGGCGUACCAAUUGCUGCAACUAACACCAGUCAAGCCGCUCAAGUUCGGGAACCGUAGCUGUUCGUACAGCAGGCGAUUGAAAUACCACGCCACAGCGCACCUUGCCCCGGCACAAUCGGCGAGGAGCAUCGAAGGAUAUAGGCGCCUUUUGCGGUUUUACAUAAUUGCCGUCGUAGCUGAGACACCCGGAACCGGACUGUUGUGAUCAUCAGCGCGGUGUUGGAACCAAAUCUCGCUAGCCAAAAUCAUCGUCAUCACCAUAGCAGCAGCCAGCAACGAGCAACAGCAUGGACGCGAUAGAGGAACGCAAGGUUUACCGCUUGGUGCUGACGGGAGGACCGUGCGGAGGCAAAACGACGGGCCAAUCGAGACUGUGUACGUUCUUCGAGAACCUCGGAUGGAAGGUUUUUCGCGUGCCUGAAACGGCCACAAUUCUACUCAGCGGUGGCAUCAAGUUCGCCGAUUUGGUUGCCGAAGAAGAUCGAAGCAAAAAGAAGGCACACAAACCCGGCACAUCCGCAGGCACCGCCGCCGUAUCCGCCUCCUCCACUUCCGACGCCACCAAGCCGGCCGUCUUUAAGGAUGGCGUCCCGGAGCAUAGCGUUAUUGAUAUUGACAAAAUUACAACAUGUCCCCGGUGUAUGGCCGCCGCCGUCGGGAAAGUAGGCGAUGUGUACAAGUUUCAGGAAAACUUGCUCCGUACGAUGAUACAGAUCGAGAACACAUACUUUGAGCUGGGCAGGACGAGCAACAAAAACUGUUUGAUCAUCUGUGACCGUGGUUUUAUGGAUGCGAGUGCAUACAUCUCCAAGGAAAAAUGGGAUCGUAUGAUGCGUUCCAACAACUGGAACCCGGUUGAGCUGCGCGACAAUCGCUACAAUCAGAUCAUCCACAUGGUGUCGGCCGCGAACGGUGCGGAACAGUUCUACGCCACCGAGGAACAUUCGUGCCGGUCGGAAGGCGUCACACUGGCACGCGAGCUCGAUUACAAGGCCGCGUCGGCUUGGAUCGGCCAUCCGUACUUCGAUGUGAUCGACAAUUCGACCGACUUUGAGAACAAAGUGAACCGCAUGAUCGAAUGCGUCUGCCAGAAGCUCGGCAUCGAUAUUGGCGAUCGGUUAUCGAUCACCUCGCGGAAGGUCAAGUUUUUGGUCUCUGGCCCAAUGCCCCCCGAUACGUCCUUCCCCGCGUUCCAGGACUUCGAGGUGGUGCAUCAUUAUCUGCAAUGCGCUGGACCACGCGUGCAGGCCCGUUUGCGCAAACGGGGACAGAACGGUCGCUGGAGCUACAUCCACACGAUACGCCGGCCGCAGCAGCACGGCCAGUCGAUCGAGGUGCGCACGCAGCUAUCGCAUCGCGAUUAUCUCAACAUGCUAACGCAGCAGGACGAUGCGCACUUUACCAUCUACAAGAAACGGCGCUGCUUCCUGGUCAACAACCAGUACUUCCAGAUGGACAUCUACAAAGAGCCUAGCCAUCCGAGAUGCAAGGGGCUGAUUCUGCUGGAAACGUACACCUCGCUAACCGGGGACAAGUUGAAGGCGAUUCUGCCGAAGUUCUUGAACAUCGUGAAGGAAGUCACCGGACAGCCGGACUACUCGAUGUUUAACCUGUCGCUGCGGGAGGACUGGAACAAUACGAAGAAGUUCUGCUACUCGCUGCACGGUAAGAAUACCUGUUGUCACCGUACGGCGGCCAGUACUACUACCAAUACGAACACUACAUCUACCACUACUCCCACCAUUGCUACUGCCACUGCUACCACUGAUACGGGUGUAGACAAAGCCGGUGAAGAUAUCGAUGCCGCUGAGUAGGAUACUUUCGAUGCAGACUACAUAGAGAGUGCUUAGUUCCUUAAACUCUAUCCCCUCCCUCCCACUACAGCAGUAGUCCCUCUACUCCUCAGUAUGGUAGAAAUAAGAAGAAUCGCUCGAAAAUAGCAGGCAUGGAUCGUGUGUAGCAUUUGAACCGUUCCUCCGUUCUCCGUUUUGCCCCCCAACAACUACCUUUGCAUUUUGUGGUGGUGAUUGUCCUAACCCUUCGCUAAUUACUAACCUCUUUUACUGUGCUAUGUUUAUGUGCAUUGUCGGUUGUUGACUUUGCUUCGUCUAUUACUGUGUAAACCAUUUUCCACCCCCUUUCGUGUAUCAUUAUUUCAUUUCAAUGUUUGUUUUCUUGUAAUAUUACAACGAUUAACAAUUUUUACUUUAAUUCUUUGCAAUUGGGACUGAUUGAAUUGGACGAUCUGAACACUAUUUGCCUCUGUGUUGUGGUACUGCCUCUUGUUGUGUAAAUCGGUUGGUUUGGCUUUGCUCAGUUUGCAAAAGGUUAAUAUUUCCGUAAUAUGUAUUCGAUUUUUCAAAUUUGAUUUUAUUUAGAUGGCGUGUGCAUCGAUUCCUAAUGCUCCUCUAACCUUUAUAAGAUACUAAUGAAAAAUGGUUAGUUUCAGUACUUCAGCAUCUUGUUUUUAAGAUCUGGUAACAGUGGUGUUUGGUUGUGUUCUCUUUGCUUUCUCUCCGUUUGCUUUUCGUUGCAUACCAAAUCAAAGCUCUCAUGUGUAUCGAAUCUCUCAGCUCCUCCCUUACGUACACUCCACCCACCAACCAAUCAGACGAUACGAAAUUUCAGCUAAAACCAUGCGUACAAAAUUCACCAAAAUUUGACCAAAAAAUGUUUGUUUCUUUCUCUUUUUUCUUUUCUCUUCUAUUCCAUUGUCCACCUUCUUGGUCUCUGUGCUUUUUUGUCUCUCUUUCUCUCUCUCUCUCUCUUUUCCAACAUCGAUAGAUCAAGAUGAUGCCGAGGUGAAAACGAAUGGUCAUUCGCAGAAGAUGAUCAAUGGUAAAGCGUAGUAGUACUAAAAAAAUGCGCAAGUACGACAGUGCUUGUGCGUUUUUCGUUGCGAUGGAAAGUUGGGUAGAAGAAGCGCGAAAGUAUGCGGGGCAUGAACGUGUUUGCUUGAGGUGUGUGUAGGUGGUGGUUGCAGAGAGCCAGAGGUACUGUCGGAGCGGCCGAACGUGUUGUUUUUAGUGUGACUGAUGAGGAACGAAGGUGAGGCGACAGAGGGCAGAGGGUGCAAAAUUACUGAUGAUACGCGAGGACAUUUGAGCCUGAUUAGAGUAUGUUUUAAAAAAAUAUUGUAUUAAUUUGGUUUAACCCUUGAAGGAGGAUGCCUUUAUGGGACAAAUAAUUUGUUGAGCAAAAGCUCGUUUUAAAUAUUUUUCUAGAAAAAAAAUCCACAAUCUUGUUUCAAAACCGUCAUGUAACACUGAUAUUUAUUCUCAAACAGCCAAAGCCAUCGUAAUAUCAAUAGAGUCACGAACGUGUAAUGCGUAAACUUAACCGGUAACAUGAAACUUACUAUUUGUUUAUUAAACGGUGUGUACUUUCAAAGCCUGUGCCUCCUCCUAUUGCCUGCUACCUUGUGAAUCGGGUAUCGAUCACCUCACUGAAACCCUGAGUUGUUUGAAAACAUAUUUGUUCCUUUUUUGCCCAAUAUUAUAAUCCUGUGCCAGUACUGAUGAAAACUCAACCCAUUUGCAAGCUCUUCUGAGUGCGAGAUAAUAGACUAUACUAAUUCCCUAACCCUCCAAAACAAAGGGUACCAAACAAAACACAAUACUACCUCUCUACCUACCACAUGCUGAUACAUCAAUUUUGCUUGCCCUUCUUUAAAUAUGCCAUAAAACUACAAUUCUUCAUGCAGCAGCAAAAAUAGUGACCGCGCCCGUUCCAUUACUUAGAGCUGCUGUUGGUUAAAUUACUUGAAAUAUGUGCAAUUUUGCUUCGAAAAACGGCAUUUUAUAUACAUACACACACGAUGUCGUUUCUUUGUUGAUUUUUUGUCGAACAUUUAUUCGAUGUAUUCUCAAUAUUAUUUUUUAAACCAACACCGCACGCUACUAAUUGUGAACAAAUGAUUUUUUCGUGUUUUAAACAACCAAUUCAAUAACACGAGCGGGUAAAUGCUUGUUUAAGAGUGGCCGAUAAGACAUGGUUUAUCUUUUUGCUUGAGUCAAUCGUUAGAAGAUGCCAAUGUACUUAAACAAAGAAAUAGCGAUGUUUCCACGAUAAACCCGACACGCAAACGCGGUAAUUAGUUUUACCCUCUCUGUUCAAUCAGUACGUGUUGUGCGAGUGGUUAUCUAAAUGAUUUUGUAUCAUGUUGUAUGUGUUUUUCCGGGUUUUUUAUUUAAAUCUUCUUGUAGUCGAUGAGAAACGCUUAGAUCAAUAAACAAGAAUAAUGGCCAACUGACAUGAUGAAUUAACAAUGUACUUAUUCACGAAGGCUUAAGGGAAUGGGACAUUGUGCGAAAUGGUUUUUAUGUAGGGUCUAUAGCAAAAAGAAAAUGAGUAUGCUGUCUGUAAAAGUAAAACCUGCAGGUGAAGACAACCAAACUAUCAUGAAAUGCUGAUGGCACAUUAUUUUUGUGUGAAUGUACACAAAACCGUUUUAUCUCUACUAGCGAAAUUAACAACAGCGCUGGCAACUAAAGGCGACUACAAUUGGCCAUCAAUGUUUUGUAGUAGAUUUUUCAGGAGCAAUAGAUCAGCGCAUCACCAUGUUUAGAAUUCGUAAUGAUAAUACAGAGAGAGAGAGCAACACAUUGCCUCCAGACAUCAGAAUAGAGAUAUAUAAAAAAAGAAGAUGAUAACAACGUGUAUAGAAAGAAAGACCACAAGAAACAAGCAAAAUUAAUGAAAAUUCACAACAAAACACUGUUAUUGAUGUAUUUUAUAUUAAAAUGUAAAACAGUCCUGUAAAACCAAAUCUUUCUGAAGGAACCACCAGCAGCAAAGCUAUAUUUCAGAAGAAAACGUAUAAAAAAUCAAUAUUGAUGGUAUUAAAACUAUUAAUAAACUAUAUGCAGUUCUAAAA